AUGGCGUCGCAGCUGACAUUACAAAAGAAAACGCAAUGGCAAUGGCUACCUGUGUGGAUGGUUCAUCUCCUUGGCUACUCGUCAUUGGCCGCCACCUUGAUUAGCUUCAUGGCCCAGUGCUACAAAAUCUACGUUUCCAAGCAACAACUUCCCGAUAUUUUAUUCAGGAAACGACAUUCCAAAAAUCCAAAGCUGGACAACUUGCACGAUAAACCACUAAAAAGGUCAAGCAGUAACCUCAGUUGCAUAAAACAACAGUCACCGCCGUCGGUUGAAUCCACCCAUGGAAAUGUUUUUCGUGCAUUAUCACCUACCAACGGUUUCAGUCGUAUUCUUAGUAGCCUUGCCUCCGUGAAUCCAAAGAGAAAAGAGAGAUUGACCAUUUCUUUGAAAAACACCAUCCUUUGGAAUCCAUCAGUGGAUCUCGCGACGCCCAACCAUGCCUUUCGCGAAAAUACCACGGCUUUGCUCAGUCAAAUCCAUCAAUCAUACGAUCUGUACAUGAUUAUUCAGAUCAAUUCAGAAACAGAGCAAGAUCAGAUCCAACAAUUACUGGAAAAGGCCAAAUUAUACGACGUGCGAACCACCCAAGUGAUUUAUUGUUCUACAGCAGAGGACAAACUCGCCAUGAUUCGUCGCAUCCAUCCUCACAUCCACAUUGAAGGCGGAUCCGAAUUCGACGAUGGAGCCGAUGUUGUACGGACGCUCACACCUGAUGUUCCCAAUAUUAUAUGGACCACGUCUCGCUUACGGCGUGACUCGACCGGAUCAAACCUCAACAUCACAGAGACAUCAGAUACCAACGUCGAAAUGAUACCAUGUAUACUAACAUCCUCUGUUGCACGUCAUAUUGGAUUCGACGCCGCCAUCAAACCAUAGUCCGUCAUGUUUCUUUCUCUCGACUCCAUUACUACAUCCUUCAUCCUUUCUGUUGUUUGUCUAUAUCCUUGAGCAUGUCUUUUUUUCCCCCCAUCGUUCCAUUAGCAUUCCUGGCAUAAACAAUAAAAUUCUGUUUUCAAUGAAAAAAUAAAGAUUUACCUGACCAUUGGCUGUGAGCGACU